AAUAAAAAAAUAAAAUAACAAAUCUUUUUAAUUUUAAACAGUAUUAGUUAGAAAAGUAUGAAAUCUAAUUUUUUACUUCUAUGUCUGCUUCUUCUAGCAGUUACAUUUAGUAAUGCAAAAUUGAAACAUGACAAUUUUUCAGGUAACUUGAGAACCUCUGAAUCUGGUGAUUAGGGUUCUUCUUCAGUCAAAAAAUUAUGUUUGGCUAGAUAAAUGCAUAAUAGAGAUUGUCAUGACGAAGCUUAAGAUAUUCCUAGAUUCGUUUUUGACGGAAUUGUUAGAAAACACCAAAAGCAUUAAUCUGCAGCAGAAUACAAUGAUCUCUACAACUGCCUUAAUUAUGGUGAAUCACAUAAAAAAUAUUACACAUGCGUGUAACAGUCUUUAGUUAAAUGCCACCCUGAAUUAGCUGCUGCUCCAGUUUCAAAUUACACCCCUCUUAUUACUAAUACUAACUACCAAUGGUUAGACGAACAUUUAAGAUAAGAUGGUUGCAACUGUAUUUACUUAAAAUCUUAAAGCGCAUAACUUGACUCCUUCAAUAAAUUCCUUUCUUAAAACCCUAAUUUGAAGAGAAUUGAACUUGAAGCCAACAAUAUAGCUCAAAAGAAUACAAACGACAAUGAAUAUUGGGUUUGCGUUCAAAAUACUUCCAAGAAUCUAAUCAGAUUAUACAACUCAUAUGUCCCAUUGUCUAUUACCAAUUAAAACUUCAAAGAAAUUAAGAUUAGAUACCUCUAAAAUAAAUGUAACGACAUUUACUAUAGAGAAUUAGAAUCAUCUAUCUUUGCUGAAACUAACUAUCAAAAUGAUGUUGUUUUGGUAAAUCUAAUCAACACUAAAGAAACUUCCUAAUAAGACUUAAUUAACAAAGUUGAAGUUUUGGAAAGAUAAUGGACUUCUGAAUUUGCUAAGUGCUUCUAUGAUUCAGUUCGUGGUGUAGUACGUGGACCUCAACCUUAGCCAACUCCAGAGCCCAAGCCUGAACCAACUCCUGAACCUAAACCAGAACCAACUCCUGAACCUAAACCUGAACCAACUCCUGAGCCUAAACCAGAACCAACUCCUGAACCUAAGCCAGAACCUACUCCUGAGCCUAAGCCAGAACCUACCCCUGAACCUAAGCCAGAACCUACUCCUGAACCUAAGCCAGAGCCUACUCCUGAACCAAAACCUGAACCAACCCCUGAACCUAAGCCAGAACCUACUCCUGAGCCUAAGCCAGAACCUACCCCUGAACCUAAGCCAGAGCCUACUCCUGAACCUAAACCUGAACCUACUCCUGAACCUAAGCCAGAACCAACUCCUGAACCAAAACCUGAACCAACUCCCGAACCUAAGCCUGAGCCAACACCUGAACCUAAGCCAGAACCAACUCCUGAGCCUCAACCUGAACCAACUCCUGAACCUAAGCCUGAACCAACUCCUGAACCUAAACCUGAACCAACUCCUGAGCCUAAACCUGAACCAACUCCUGAGCCUUAACCUGAACCAACUCCUGAACCUAAGCCAGAACCAACUCCCGAACCUAAGCCUGAGCCAUAACCUUAACCUGAACCAACCCCAGAACCUCAACCUACUGAACCAACUAACUGA